UACGAUACCACUCUGUUUGUGUUUUCAUGUGUUCGAAACAAGAUUUGUUAAGAUAUGGAAUGCUUUCUUUCUCUUUCUCUUUGCCUUUGAUCUUCAACUUCCGAAACCUGUUUCCCCCAAUUUGAAAUUGAAAAGGGUGUGAUCUUUUUCCCUCAAACAAUGAUCUGUUUUGAAAGCUUCAAAUCCCUGAAUUUGAUGAGCUUUUUUGGACUACUUUUGAUCUCACUUAAAUAAUCUUUUCUUUUCCACCAUUUGUGGGGUUGUGUUUUGGGGAUUUGAGCCCUCGAGUUUCUAAACCUAAAGAUGUUGGUUCACAGAUUCAGCAAAUGUAGUAGCUUAAUUGAUUAAACUCGUCUUUCUCUUUGGUGGGUUAUGUUUGUUUCUUGUUUUUUUCAAUUGGGUGUUUCUUGAUUUGCUAAUUAGAGAAAUUCAAGAUGGAUGAGGAUCAUGAUGAACUCAGAUUUGUGUGCAAGUCUUGUGAUAAGAGGUACCCAAGUGGGAAAUCAUUAGGAGGGCAUAUGAGGUCUCAUGUGAUUGCUGCUGCUGCUAAUUCGGCUGAAUCAGAUGACAAAUUUGAUCCCAUUAAGAAGCUUACUACUUUAAUCAUCAAUGGAAAUGGGAACGGGAAUGGGAAUGGGAAUGGUAAUGGGAAUGGAAAUGAGAAUGGGAAUUCUAGUUCUUAUGGGUUAAGGGAGAACCCUAAAAAGAGUUGGAGGGCAGUUGGUUCUUCAUCUUCAACUUUACCUUUCCCAAAUGAGAAAGUUUGCAAGCAAUGUGGCAAAGGGUUUCAAUCUUUGAAGGCUUUAUGUGGUCAUAUGGCUUUCCAUUCUGAGAAAGAUAGGGGUUUGAAGGAUUAUGAUCAUUCAUGGACCAGUGAGAAUCUUGAUCAAGAUGAUGAUGAUAAGCUAAUUGGGGACAGUCAUUCGGACACCGAAGAGAACGAUUUGCAGGAUCCUUCAUGUGUCACAAGAUCCAAGUCAAAGAGGUACAGAAAAGUUGUAGUUAAACCAUCUUCUUUCUCUUUGACAAAUACUAAUACUAGCAAUAAUAGCAAUUAUAAUUAUGGAUCUUCAUCUGUUUCUGAAAUUGAUGAGCUUGAACAAGAAGAAGUAGCAAUGUGUUUGAUGAUGUUAUCUAAGGAUUCCACCAACUGGGCUGGGGUUAAUUCGGUUGUGGAAUCCUCGGAUAACAAUUCCGUUGUUUUAGAGACUAAAUUGUCUUCAAUCGACAUGAAAAAUGGCAUAAAGGAAUGGAAUUUGGCCAAGAACAAGUCUAGUGUUGUAGACCCUGAGACCGAGAGUUUCCAGUUUGAGAAUUCCAAUUCCGGGUAUUGUAGAAAUGGAACCAAGAAAGUGGAAUCCGAUAUUUCAGUUGAGGAGCUUCUUAGGAAUGGUGGUGAUCAACACAAGAACAGAUCCAAAGGGGUCAAGGGUUUCAACUACAGAGACUUGACUUACGAGGAAAAACUUGAGAUACGAAGGAAUUUGUUUAAGGAAUUCGGAUAUAAUGAUUCUUUAAAGAAAAGAAUCCGGGAUGACGAUGAUUCUUAUAAUCCAGAAGGAGAUGGAUCAUAUAAGAAGAGAAACAAGUAUGAAUGUUUGAAUUGCAACAAGACUUUUAGUUCUUUCCAAGGGCUCGGUGGACACAGACCUUGCCACAAGAAGAACAACGCUUUCGGUUCUGGUGGAAACAGCUCAGAGGGUGAAUUCAGUCGUAAUCAUAAGGCUAAAUUUGAGAAGAAAAUGAGGCCGAAAAAGAACAAAGGACACAAAUGCCCGAUUUGUUUUAGGAUGUUCAAGUCAGGGCAAGCUUUAGGAGGUCAUAAGAGGUCUCAUUCCAUCAAUGGUUCUGAAGAAAGGAUCGAUCAUAUGGCAGCGAUAGAAAAUGAAGGUCCAACGUAUACUGAUAUGAUCGAUCUUAAUCUCCCCGCUCCAGAAGAGGAUUAGGUUCGGAAACUGCAUAAAUUCCGUCGUCGUUUUUGCAUGUUUAUCAGAGGACAUUAGAGAGGUGAGAGUUCUAUCUUUCUUCUUACUGUUUAGACUGUUUUAACUUUUGAACAUUUUCUCCAAUUCACCCGAUUCUUGAC